AAAAUAGCACAGGGGGGAACACGAGAGUGUGGUUCGCCUAGUGCUGGAAAAACACCCGUUGUGGUUGUGCUGGGCAACAGUAAUUGCAACAUCGACCGUCCUGUUGCUACAUCUAAGAUGACCAAUGUCUCACUGCAUGGUUCAGAGGAGCAGCACAGGCCUGAGGGAGACUCCGUAGGAAAAAUUAUACCUGGUGAUCUUCUUUACGUAAACAAAUAAACCCUGGACUAAUGGAGGAUCUGAAGCACAAGAUUGAUUUCAUGUCACAGACAAUAUGCCCAAGUUUACGGACUCCAUCUGAUGAGGACUUAAAGGCCCAGAAUAAUGGGAAAGUGGAGAAAAUGCAGAUGAAGAGAGAAAUCUCCCUCAUGAAUGGAAUCUGCCUGAUUGUUGGCAACAUGAUUGGCUCUGGGAUCUUUAUCUCACCGAAGGGUGUACUAAUGCACAGUGCCUCUUAUGGGCUGUCGUUGCUGAUUUGGGCUUUUGCAGGCAUCUUCUCAGUGUUUGGAGCUUUGUGCUACGCAGAACUCGGCACCACCAUCACCAAGUCUGGAGCCAGCUACGCCUACAUCCUGGAGGCGUUCGGAGGCUUCCUUGCAUUUAUCCGUCUGUGGACGUCCAUCCUGUUGAUCGAGCCAGCCAGCCAGGCUGUGAUUUCGCUGACCUUCGCCAACUACCUGGUGGAGGCUUUCUACCCCACCUGCCAGCCGCCAUAUGAUGCUGUCCGGCUUAUCGCUGCAGCCUGCCUCUGUAUGCUCAUCUUCAUUAACUGUGCCUAUGUGAAGUGGGGCACUCUGGUCCAGGACAUUUUCACUUACGCCAAACUCAUGGCACUCUGCCUCAUCAUCGUUGUAGGAAUAAUGAAAAUAUUUACUGGAGGAUCAAAGAGCUUUGACAAUCCGUUUGAGGGCUCCUCCACAGAUCCCGGAGCCAUUGCUUUGGCCCUCUACUCAGCUCUGUUCUCCUUCUCCGGCUGGGAUACACUCAACUUUGUCACUGAGGAGAUUCGGAAUCCAGAGAGGAAUCUGCCCCUGGCCAUUGCCAUUUCUAUGCCCAUAGUGACCAUCAUCUACCUGCUGACCAACGUGGCGUACUAUGUGGUGCUGGACAUGCCAUCGUUGCUGGCCAGUGACGCCGUUGCUGUGACCUUUGGGAAUGCAGCCCUGGGGCCGUUCAGAUGGAUCAUGCCUGUUUCAGUGGCCAUGUCCUGCUAUGGAGGACUCAAUGCUUCUGUCAUAGCUGCCUCACGGCUGUUUUUCGUUGGAGCUAGAGAGGGCCACCUCCCAAACAGCCUGAGUCUGAUUCACCUGCGGCGCUACACACCAAUACCUGCACUGCUGUUCAAUGGGUUAAUGGGUCUGAUCUUCCUGUGUGUGGAGGACGUGUUCCAGCUCAUCAACUAUUUCAGCUUCAGUUACUGGCUCUACGUGGGUCUGUCUGUGGCCGGCCUUAUCUACCUGCGCAUCACUCAGCCAGACAGACACAGGCCUGUGAAGUUGAGCUUGUUCUUCCCCUUCAUCUACUGUCUGUGUAGCCUGUUCUUAGUCAUCGUCCCUCUGUAUGGAGACACCAUCAAUUCUCUCAUAGGAAUUGGCAUUGCAUUGUCUGGGGUGCCGGUCUACUACGUAGCCAUUUACCUGCCUGACGAGAGGAGGCCCAAAUUCAUACGCAAGUUAAACACCUUUGUCACCAAAUACGCCCAGAUGCUGCUCUACUGCUGCCUGACUGAAUUUGACACUGAGACAGAAGCACAAGCCGACGGUAAAACGCAGUGAGCUGCAGACAAUCCGUCGCUCAUCAGCUUUCUGCCUGAGGCCUCAGCCUUGUCCAUAUGUUGACGUUCAUUGCUCCCCAAACGCAGAAAAGCAAGGCCUUGCAUGGACAGAGUGGCGAGGCGCAGGCCUGCAACGUUUGUGAGGAUUACUUCUCCAAGGUCAAGUUAAAAAAAGGUCUGACAUCUCAAAUGACUCACCAUGAAGGAGCAGCGAGAAACUGUUGUUUUCUUCUACAAAUGGGAUGCCCCUUUCUACAGAGAUCAAGGACUAUCUUUUAUGAGGAUUUCAAAAAACUAUGGAAGAAAUAUGGAGCUCCUUUAACAUUUUAUUUUUUAGACUAGAAGAUGUAACUUGCUUUCUGCCUGACAUUGUUUCAAACAAAUAUAUCAAUUGAUGAUUAUGUGGCUGGGAUUCAAUCAUCAUAUCUAGGAUCUAAUAUGUUUAAAGUUUAAUAAGGUAUCCAUAUGUGAAUAACUGUACAAAUGUAAAACACCCCAAAACAUUUUUUAACCCAUAUUCUGGGAUUGGUUCCUGUGCAGCUUCACUGUGGAGCAGUUUAAGUUAAGUGCCGUGUUUACGGGUCAUUAUUCUUUCAAUUAAAAUGGUUGAUUUCAAUAUUAGGUUUUAAGAAUACAACUUCAUAAUCCCCAUUAAUGUAUUUCUGUUUUGCUGUUUUUAGGUAGGAAUUUAUUCUGACCAUUUUAAUUAGGCUUUUAACAACACAUGACCAACAGACAUGGGGUCAAACAAACACAGGACUUCCAUCCAGGAGCCCCAUGUUGGUGUCCCGUGUGAAAGCAAAAGUCAACAUUGACUUUUUUUUAACUUUUUACGUGUGUUACCUACUUAAAGCAAAAAAAUGCCAUAAUUUGAAGUAGAGUGAGACUUUUUCCUGCAGCUCUCCCUCUCCCUGCUCUGUCCCACAGGAAAUGCAUGCACAGAACAGACAAUUGGAACACUCUCUCUUAAAGCAACACUAGAGAACUUUUCCCAUGUUGGUCCCACUACAGGUUGGUAGCGGAAUUCUCCAUUACAUUACAUUGUCCAGGUCAUUCGCACUACAGAUCCGCUACCUACUCCAAUUGCACCUGACUGCAGUACGCAAAUCGGGGUUGGGCUAAAUGUGGGCGGAGCUAAACGUUUGUACUCCAACUUACUCACCUGAUCUGGCAAACUUGCAUCAUGUAAUGUAAUGGACAAUUCCGCUUCCAACCUGUAGGGGUCCGAAGCGGGAAAAGUUCUAGUGUUGCUUUAAAUGACCUGUGAUUGGCUAAAGUCUCCCAUCACGGGCUAGAUUUUUUAAAGCCUGAAAAGUGAGCCAAGAGGAGAUGGAGAAGUAGUUUUCUCUCAGACCACUUGAAUUACAAUAUGGUGAAAAUGAUUAUGGAAUUUUUGCCCAACGAUACCCCGUACGUAAGUUAUGUAACAAACUUAUUUUAUAAUUCUUACUUUUUAAAAUUCCGAUCGCUCGUGUUGCUUGACAUUCGUGGCAUAACGCUCACAAAUUGUGCAUAACUUUUUAUAAGAUAUCAUAUAAGCCAUUGUAUGAGGAUACGUUACAAAUGAUAAUGGACCAAUAUGUAUGGUACCAUUUAUAAGAUGUAGCAUGGUAUGUAUGUGACUUUGUGCUUCACAUUUAUCAAAAAACAGCCAGAUAAUCUUUGAAGAGAAGAUUUUCCAGUUCAGUAUAAUCAGUUUUAAAUCAGUUGGAUUAAAAUAAAUGAUUUCUAUAGUU